AUUAUAGACGAAUGAACAUCACUGUUUCUCUUAGGUUCUUUGUACAAUGUGACCUCGGGAAAGAUGUUCACAACUUUGAGUAAGCCCUCAGCUGUACUAGAUGAUUCUGGAAUUUACGCAUGCUCACACACAGCUUCUCCGGAACCAGUGCUGGCGUCCGUUUAUGUUAAUGUUACCAACUCAGAUAACACUUGCACAGGUGGUGAAAAAGGGAAUGUAAAAUCCAGAUGGAUAAAAUAUGCUAUCUCCAACUAUCUUAAAGAUAAAAUCAAGUUGGACAGAGAAAUAAGAAAGAAGGCAGAAGUAGGAAAACUAGAAAUAGAGAAAAGAAAGCAGAAAAUGGAAAUGGAAAUGUUCAAAAUAGAAAAGGAGGAAGGUACUGAAUUGUUAAAACUGCUGACACUGUUAAUCAAAGACCAAAAUGACAAGUGACUCAAAUUAUUAUCGGGGGUUCGUCAUGGCCAUAAAUCAUCGGAAUUCCGUAAAUCACUCAACAUUGAAUCCUGUAUGAAAUUUAUAAGAAAUGUUUUCAGAUAGCAUUGCUAUUUGUCUUCAUUAUAAAACUUGAUAUACUAUUAAAUUGUAAAGCUUUUCAACUAAA